AUGGUUAAUCACAGUCACAACCCGCAUAACAAGGAUAAUCACAGUCACUACCCACAUAAGAAGGAUAAUCACAGUCACAACCCACAUAAGGAUAAUCACAGUCACUACCCACAUGACAAGGAUAAUCACAUUCACUACCCACAUAAGGAUAAUCACAGUCAAUACCUACAUAGUAUGAGUAAUCACAGUCACUACCCGCAUAACAAGGAUAAUCACAGUCACUACCCACAUAAGAAGGAUAAUCACAGUCACAACCCACAUAAGGAUAAUCACAGUCACUACCCACAUGACAAGGAUAAUCACAUUCACUACCCACAUAAGGAUAAUCACAGUCAAUACCUACAUAGUAUGAGUAAUCACAGUCACUACCCGCAUAACAAGGAUAAUCACAGUCACUACCCACAUAAGAAGGAUAAUCACAGUCACAACCCACAUAAGGAUAAUCACAGUCACUACCCACAUGACAAGGAUAAUCACAUUCACUACCCACAUAAGGAUAAUCACAGUCAAUACCUACAUAGUAUGAGUAAUCACAGUACCUACCCGCAUAACAAGGAUAAUCACAGUCACUACCUUCAUAAUAUGGGUAAUCACAGUCACUACCUUCAUAAUAUGGUUAAUCACAGUCACUACCCACAUGACAACGAUAAUCACAGUCACUACCCACAUAAAAAGGAUAAUCAAUCAUUAACUACAUAA